CUCAGGAAAUAAGUACUUCAGCCUCAGAAAAGGGAGAUGGAGCCCCAGCUCCUGGUCCCCUUCCCACUCCCCAGCCCCCCAGGCCGCCAGAGAUGUCACCUUCCUCCUGAAUGCUGCCCCCAGCCCCAGGCUUGAGCUCUGCUCCCUGCCAUCUUGGUUCCAGCUUCUCCAACCCUAGGCCCGAGGACCAUCCCUGUGCUUCCCAGCUCCCAAGGCACCAUGGCCAGCUCAGGCAGUUGGGUGGAGAAGGCCCCCCUCUCCAACACCCCCAGAUCUGCUCCUGAUAUCCCCCUUGAGGCUGCAGAGCCUGGGAUCACCGUAUCCUUGCUGGAGAUUAGCUCCCCGCACCCCUCCUGCUGGGGCUCCCUCCCUCCCCCGAUGAACACCAGCCACUAUGCAGCAGGGCCGCUCACCACCCAGAAGCUUCAGGAUCUCCUGCGGGACCUUCAAGAUGUUCUCCAGAGUGUGGCAGACCUCGGAGGGAUCACACACACCAAAGAAUCUUCUGAGGAAACCAAGAUGUCUAAAGACGGCUCAGAGCCGCAGGACACAGCCGGAGAACCUGGCAAGGCGGAAGGCAUGGUGUCCAAAACCCUGCUCCUUUGUUUUGAUCUGGAGGAAAGGCAAGGAGGGAAGGAACAGGAGAUGACAUUGGAAAGCCAGAAGCCUAGCAACACCAGUCACCUUUCUGCGAGGCCUUGGGAAAAGCAUUCAGAAGAAAACAGUGUCCUCUCCAAAGCUCAGCUGCAGAAGGAAGAAGGAGUGGGGUCCACUACGGCUCAGGAAGAAAACGCUGAGCUCCGGCACAACAUGGAACAGCUGCUGCAGGAGGCAGAGCACUGGAGUCAGCAGCACACGGAACUCAGCCAACUGCUGCGGUCCUACCAGCAGUCUCAGAGGGGCAGAAGGGCGGCUAUGGACAGCCACUGGGCCUGGUUCUACAGCCAACAGCACAGCCAACGGCACAGCCAUGUGUACGCCGGGCAGAUGCUGCAGGCCGCGGUGAGGAGGCUGAACCAGGACACACACUCCCUGCACCUGGCAGCGGCUCUGCUGGAGAAUGAGUAUCAGAUCCUGCAGCACAGGGUGCAGCUGCUCGAGGAGUCCUACCAGCCCUGGGAGGGGACAGCACCAGAGAACCCACCACAGAGAAAUCAACUCAGCAAAAACAGUCAGAGGCCACUGGAAAAGGAGAGAGUAGAAAGCAACUUGCCUUAUGUGAAGGGCACCUUUCCCAAGAAAGAUCCAGUCUACAGGAGCUCGGAUCCUUGUCUGAACAGAAAAGCUCAGAACAACCGGUUCAACACCCGCAUAGCGAGGGCUGUCACGGGCAGAAAGAGGCCAACCAGCGGCUUCAGAUAGGAAACCCUGAAAGCAGACAGAAAAAGGAGCCUUCCAAAAUGAAUCGCACCCCACAGCUUCGGCAGAAUCAGUCAUCAAGCCUAGGAUGAGUCUUCUGGUUGAACCAACAAGAGCCAUGUAGGAAGAAGAUUAGCACUUAUGUGGUCUGCUGCCUCAGUGUAAGGCUGACCCUUGACAAGUGGAGGUCAGCAUUAAGGUUAUGGCUGUACACCUUCAAGACUGACUUGGUGUUUGUGGUGGAUAAAGCUCCUGUAGCACGUUCAUGGAGGACAGACGGUACUGGCCCAAUUAAGAUCCAAAUUAAAGAAUAGAGAGGAAAAGAGUUUAUUUCUUUA